GUUAUCUUAAGGUUCUUGUUGAAGGUGAUGCUCAUAAUUGGUGGGAAUUGCGGUAUAUAUAAGUGUGUAUACGAUUCCUUGGAAACCAUUUGGGAUGUAGCAUUGUUAAGUGUCUUGUAGUUGACAAACUACUGUCAGCUUCUUCGUUGCCUCUGGAAAAGCUUGAAGGAACAGGCCUUUGAAUAUGAAAGGAUUCUUUAGAUAAAUGUUCCUUCUCAGGCUGGUCAAGCAAAGCAAGCAUCUGCUUUUAGUUUCCUCCAGGUUUCUCACUGGUGUUUUGGCAACGGUUUUGGAUUUUAUGCUCCAAAGGAAAUAUGUUAUGUUAAAGUCAUUCCAAGUAUAUGCUUACCUGAUUUCCAGCUUCCAGGCACUUGGUUCAUGUUUUUUCCUCCUUCCUCCUUGGAGGUUCAAAGUUUCUUUACAAUGAGCCAAAAGAAGCAAGAAUCAAUCAACGCAGCUUUGUGUUUAAAGUGUUGGAUUGUGUCAACUGCACUCGAGUUUUCCACUAUAUUUAGAAGUGACUUCAACUAGGAAGCUUCAAAGGAAUAAAAGAAUGGGAAUUUGGGAAUACCACUUUGGUUACUUUUCUGUCUCCUGUAUAGAUGAAGCAAGGUACCAAGCUCCAGGAGAUAAAAGACAAAAAACUUCUCUCUCCCUUUGUCCAAUCACUUAAGAAAAGUACCACUUGGAUGAAAAUUUAUUCACAAGUAAAAGCUGCAGACAAGAUAUUCUUCUAUAUUAACCAUUCAAAUAUAGGGGAGGCCCAUAGCUUCAGCAACAAACAAGUACACCUUCUUCUGUGUUAGUUCUCUCAGUUUUGUUCUAAGCAGAAUCAAAAUGCAAGCAAUUGUUCGAGGAACGCGAUCUUGCCAGGAAACAUACACGGGUGCAAUCUUGAAGCAUUGCCAAGGGAAAUAUAGCAUAAAUUUAAGAUUAAAGUGUCUAACAUCUUCUCCUGAGGAAGAGAAGGGGUUGGAGAAUGUAACAGUAUCAGAUGUACUGAAGAGCAAGGGAGAAGAUAAAGUUGGGUCCUGGAUCUGGUGCCGAACAGAUGAUAUAGUCGAUGAUGCUGCAAAAAAUAUGGCACAACACAAUAUAGGAUCAUUGGUGGUACUAAAACCAGGAGAGCAACAACACAUUGCAGGAAUUUUUACAGAAAGGGACUAUCUGAGGAAGAUUGUUGGGCAGGGAAGAUCACCCAAAUACACAAGGGUUGGGGAAAUUAUGACACAGGAGAGCAAAUUGAUAACACUGCCAUCUGAUGCAAACAUUCUUCAAGCAAUGCAGCUUAUGACAGAUAACCAGGUACGCCAUCUUCCAGUGAUAGAUGGAAAAAUAGUGGGGAUGAUUUCUAUUGUAGAUGUGGUCCGGGCGGUGGUGGAUCAGCAAAGUGGAGAACUAAAGCGAUUGAAUGAAUUCAUAAAAGGAGGCUACUAUUAAAAAUAAAAACAAUUCUAUGUUUCAUAAAAUCAUACAGGAAGAGCCUGCUAUAGAAAGUUAAAAAAUUCGGUGUAUGUUCAGACCCUGUAACACAACAUGUACAAAGUUUGAAUCACAAGAUAAUUGAUGGGCUAUAUCCAUUAGAAUGAAA